CGCCUACUACGGCAAUGUUGCAUCAGAAUCGCAAUAUCCGGGCAACGUCAUCAGCCCUUACCCGGCACCAGUACAGUACAGUACAGCACAGCAUAGACUUGCAAAAGUUAUCUCUUAAACUGAGGUAGCUUUUCACUUGUUAUGGCUGACCAAACUGUCGUGGAGAAAAUGAGCGAAUUGCAAGUGGACGAGAAAAAAAAGGGAGGAACUGAAAGUGGUAAAGAUGGAGGAAAAAAGAAGGCUAAAAGUGCUGCUGGGGACUCUGGAAGUAGGGCAGAGCUGACACCAGCACCCCAGUACAUUGAUGAGCGUCUGACUUUGUACGCUAAGCUGAAAGCUGAGCAUGAAGCUCUCAUGGCAGAGAGGGCUGCGAAGAACAGCCGUUCCAUCAAGGUGACUCUGCCCGAUGGAAAGGUGGUGGAUGCCGAGUCCUGGAAGACUACACCGUACCAAGUGGCCUGUGGAAUCAGUCAAGGCCUCGCCGACAACACAGUGAUUGCUAAAGUGAACAACGGUGUAUGGGAUCUGGACAGGCCACUGGAGGACGACUGCAGCCUUCAGUUGCUCAAGUUUGAUGAUGAGGAGGCCCAAGCUGUUUACUGGCACUCCAGUGCCCAUAUCUUAGGUGAAGCCAUGGAGAGGGUGUAUGGAGGCUGCCUCUGCUACGGUCCCCCCAUUGAGAACGGGUUCUACUACGACAUGUUCCUGGAGAACAAUGAGGGCGUAUCGAGCAAUGACUUUCCAUGUCUGGAGACCUUGUGCAAAAAAAUUAUCAAGGAGAAGCAGCCAUUUGAGAGGCUCGAGAUAAAGAAGGAAACUCUGUUGGAAAUGUUUAAGUACAACAAGUUUAAGUGCCGCAUUCUGAAUGAGAAGGUUACCACUCCCACCACCACGGUUUACAGGUGUGGUCCCUUAAUUGACUUGUGUCGCGGGCCCCAUGUGAGACAUACAGGGAAAAUCAAGGCACUUAAGAUCCAUAAGAAUUCGUCUACAUACUGGGAGGGAAAGGCGGACAUGGAAACCCUCCAGAGGAUCUACGGAAUCUCCUUCCCUGACCCCAAAAUGCUCAAAGAGUGGGAGAAGUUUCAGGAGGAAGCCAAGAACAGAGAUCACCGCAAACUGGGCCGGGAGCAGGACCUGUUCUUCUUCCAUGACCUGAGCCCAGGAAGCUGCUUCUUUAUGCCUAAGGGAGCCUUCAUCUACAACACCCUGAUUGAGUUCAUCAGAAGUGAGUACAGGAAGAGAGGUUUCCAGGAGGUGGUGACACCCAACAUCUACAAUAGUAAGCUGUGGCAGACCUCCGGCCAUUGGCAGCACUACAGCGACAACAUGUUCUCCUUCGAGGCAGAGAAGGAGACCUUUGCCCUUAAACCCAUGAAUUGCCCGGGACACUGCCUGAUGUUUGAUCACCGUCCACGCUCCUGGAGAGAGUUGCCCCUUCGCAUGGCCGAUUUUGGCGUUCUGCACAGGAACGAGCUGUCAGGAGCCCUGACAGGCCUCACCCGUGUCCGCCGCUUCCAGCAGGAUGAUGCUCAUAUCUUCUGCACCAUGGACCAGAUUGAGGAGGAGAUCAAGGGCUGCCUGGAUUUCCUGCGGACUGUGUAUGAGGUGUUUGGCUUCACUUUCAAACUCAACCUCUCCACAAGACCAGAGAAGUUCCUGGGGGACCCGGAUGUCUGGGACCAAGCAGAAAAGCAACUGGAGAACAGCUUGAAUGACUUUGGGGAGAAAUGGAUUCUCAAUCCCGGUGAUGGAGCUUUUUAUGGACCAAAGAUUGACAUUCAGAUCAAGGAUGCCAUCGGUCGGUACCAUCAGUGUGCCACAAUUCAGCUUGAUUUCCAGCUUCCGAUCCGCUUCAAUCUCACCUUUGUCAGUCAUGAUGGCGACGACAAGAAGAGACCAGUGAUCAUCCACAGAGCUAUCCUGGGAUCAGUAGAGAGGAUGAUCGCUAUCCUGACUGAAAGCUACGGAGGCAAAUGGCCACUGUGGCUCUCUCCUCAUCAAGUGAUGGUUGUACCUGUCGGACCGACCUGUGAGGACUACGCUCAGAAGGUCAAGCAGGACUUCCACAACAACGGCUUCAUGACUGAUGUGGAUCUCGACCCCGGCUGCACUCUGAACAAAAAGAUCAGAAAUGCACAGCUGGCGCAGUACAACUUUAUCCUGGUGGUGGGAGAGAAGGAGAAGACGAGUAACACCGUGAAUGUACGCACCCGAGAUAACAAAGUCCACGGUGAGCGCACUGUGGAGGAGUGCAUUGAGCGUCUGAAACAACUCAAGACCUGCAGGAGUCGAAAUGCUGAAGAGGACUUCUGAGCUUUCUCAAACUCGCUGCUAUCAGCUCGUCCUUCACUCAACAGUACCUCGGGUCUUGCAACUUUAAAGGGCCAUAUAGUUGAAAUCAAUUUUUGAGGGAUAAAACUACUUUUACAUUGGUGCCUAGUCUCUGCUUUUUGUCCUCUAGAAAUCACUUUUUUUUCAGAUUUAACAGUUGUCUUUUUAUCUGGUGUCUUCCAUUGCCUCUUCACUGUAUUAUUAGUUUUUGGUUAUAAAGUCUUAUGGUUUCUGUACACCAUGGAAUGAAGUAUAUAUGUCCUUAUGCCUUCCGCUUAUAUGGAAAUACAACUAGUGAGACUCCAAUAUGACUAGGUCUUUCAACAGCUGAUUGAUGAACUGAUGAAAACAAAUGAGGGGAAAUGGUUUGUUACAGUUUGUAUCAUUCUUUCUUCAGGGAAUUGUACAUCAGUUACAAUUUUGAUUAUUAAAUGAUCUAUUCUUAA